GGGCAUAAUGACAUGACGGGCUCGUACAGCAUUAAUCUCGUAUAAUAUAGACCGACCCAAUUAUCCGCAGAUGUCUCCACACAGUGCAACCCCGGAUGUAGGCCGGUGUGCGUAAGAGCCGACGAAACCCGCUUCCGGCACCAUCGGCGCCCGUCUUGAAACUCAACAACCCUCAUGUGAAAAGGAUGCAUCUGAUUGAGCGGGUAGACAUGAGAUAUUUCGUAGACAGAAUAUCGAAUAUAGCAAGUCCACCAAAACUUUCAUCCAAUACCUCGUAUCAGACAAACAACUCGCAAUGACAUCUCCAAACGGAACCCCCUACUUCCGCCCCUCGACCUUCGCCCAAGGCCUAGCCAAUUACCCGCACGCCCGCCUCGUCCCCUCUUCCUCCUCAUCAUCCCCCACACCCGGCCCCAAAACCCUCUUCAUAUCCGGCACUUCCUCCCGCCGCGGCGACGGCACAUACGCCGGCUGCACCACGGACCCUACCACAGGCGAGCACAAGCUCGACGUACGGGCGCAGACAGCGGCCGUAUUAGAAAACAUCGGAGCCAUUAUCCAAGGCGCUUCGAAUGGAACCGCGGGGCUGGAGGCAGUAGCGGACGCCACGGUCUUUUUGACGGAUAUCCGGGGGGAUUAUGCAGGGAUGAAUGAGGAGUGGAAUCGGGUGUGGCCGGAUCGGGAAAAGGCGCCGGCGAGGACGUGUGUGCAGGUUGCGGCUUUGCCAAAUGAGAGGUUGAACGUGGAGAUUAAGUGUACUGCUAUAAUUUGGGAGGGGGUCGCGCCUGAGAAGUCAUGAGAGGAAAAAGUGAAGGGAUGCAUAGGUGGUCUCGCCAAAUUGAGAAAUCAUUGACGCGGUAAUUGCAUCCUUAAAUCUUGAUCACAAGCUUGCCCACAGUCUUCUGGCUGACAAGAGCAUCCUGCGCCUUUCCCACGUCGGCAAGGGCAUACUCUCCCCCGAUAUUCACCUUGACAGCGCCCUUCUCAACCAGAGCCAACAGCUCG